AUGGAGCAGUUAAUACGUGAACUGUACCAGCCUUCCCAUCAAUCGUCAUCCGAGCGCAUAAAUGAGAUCCAGAAACAAAUCCAACAGCUCCAGCGCGAGAGGUCAGCAUGGCGGCAAGCUGUGGACCUUCUUCACAAUGGAGACGACACCAUAAGAUUUUAUGGUGCCUUGACCCUGACCAUCAAGAUCAAUGCUGACUGGGACCGUGAUGGGUUGGGCGACAAUGAGAACGUGAGGAGCUCUCUUCUUGAAGCGCUAGUGGGCAACUACAUACGUCUAGUGAAUCUUCCCGAUUCGCGCUUCGUUCUCCAAAAGCUCGGCUCGACACUUGUCAGUUUCUUUGCGAAGCCAGAUUCAAGCUGGAGCCUCCCAUUCAGACAGGUAUUGGCCUGUUUCCUCAGCGAGAACUAUGUUUUUGAAGAGAAUCUACCGGAAAUGGGUCAACUGCUGGAAGCCAGCAAAGACCGCUCCGACAGUGUGCUCGAGGGGGUCCUACUGCUCGCUACGAUCAUGGCGGAGGACUUGAAUAAUCGCUCUUCCAGCGCUCUGGAUAAAGGGAGACUCAAUGACCGCGUGGCUGCUAACUCCUUGGACGUAUGGCUCCUCUUGAGGUAUUGCAUAAAGCUUGUGAUCGGUCAACAGCAGGCAGAAGCAGCACCAGAGCAGGCACGGGCCCAGCUUAGAGACAUUCUUCAGCUGGCCAUGAAAGCGAUCCCGUAUUGGGCCAACAUGAGCAAAUACGCCGAAGAUACCCAAGCCCAACGCAGUGAAGGCAUUGCCAGAGACUGCAUCGCUGCAACAGUCGACUUUUUCGAGGACGAUUCCUACACAGGCUCAGUGCUUCAAAUGCUCAUCUCUUUGGAGAACUCUUCAGCAAGACUCCUUCGCGAGGCUUUGCCAAAUUUCCCAGCUCGCCUUGUCAAUUCUCCCAAGGCGAGAGAAAUGGUGGAUCUCCUGCUUCGGGGCGACUUCAUUUCCGACGGCGUUCUCUAUGUUGAUCUGCUUGAGUCCAUCAUGGGUCACAUAGACAUCACCAAACCCGACUUCCUGGACAAUCAUCGGUACAAUGAGGUAGUCGUGACUUUGCAACGGCUCCUCUCCUGCAAGGGAGUCGCCGUCAUUGAGGACCCGGUGUGCCAAGUCGUCUUGGAGAGGAUUGGUGAGAUUAUCGAGGGCUAUAUUGACUGGGAAGACGAUAACGAACCGGCCCGGCUGUUUCUUAAGGGCGUGACGGUCAGGGUAUGCGAGGCUUGCCUCCUUAAAAUCCGAAUACCUCCCGAAGAGAUGUCCAGCGAGACCCAGUCUUGGGACGCUGAUGACCGAGCAAAAUUUCAGGACUUUCGUUUCGAUGUGCAGGAUUUCUUCCACUCGGCUUACAUGGUGCUUGGGAAUGCGUUGAUAGAAGAAAUUGUCGCCAACAUUCUUGGGCAUGGUGCAUCCCCGGACUGGAGCAUCUUUGAAGCCAGCACUUUCAGUCUUCUCGCAUUCUCCGACACCAUGACAGCCAAUCCAGACAAGUACGAUACCAUCAUCACUACGGUCUUGGGGAGCCCGGCGUGGAGCUAUCUUCUUCAGACCGCCGACAACGUUCCAGAUCGGGCAUUGCGGACUGCUAUUAAAUUCAUAGCAGAAAACGUGGCAUACCUUCAAAGACAUCCAGACAGGCUGGUCGCAAUCCUGAACUUCCUCUUCUCUUCGCUCCACCUGCAAGCAUCGACGACUGCUGCCUCGCGGGCGAUAUACAAUCUAUGCGACUUUCACAGAAGCACGCUUGGAGAAGGACUGCCUCAGUUCAUCGACUCGUUGGUUUCCAUCGGGGACAUUGGCGAAACAGAGCGACAUCGAAUAUACGCCGCUGUCGCGGCCAUCAUCCAAGCAUUACCGACUGAAGAAGCCAAGGUCGAACCACUGUCACGUCUUCUUUCGCCCGUUGGCCAUGCAUUUACAAUCCUAGACGGCAACAACAUCGAUAAAGCUGACAUCUUGAGAGGCUGUAUUGACAUUAUGCAGACCCUUGCCUCAAUUGGCAAAGGACUGCGGUCCCCGGCCGAUGUCCCGGUGGACUUGGAAGCAUCGAGUGCGAGUACCUCGGACUUUUGGACGAGCGGUCAGGGCGCCAUCGUCCAGCAGAAUGUCCUUGCCAUGUACCACGCUAUCCUGCAAAAGGUCCGACCCUACAUCGACAGUGUAUUUGUUGACGCCUGCUGCGACUUUAUCAAAUCCGGCUUCACCGAAGAGCAUCCGUCGCCGUUUAAGUUUACAGACUUGAUCGGGCUUGAGCUGGUCAACCACUUCAUCAAUCUCGACAACCCAAGCAUUGACAAUACGAUGGCUUGUGCAUCUAGUUUCCUGGCUUCCGUAAGCAAGAAGAAUCUUCAGGCCAGCGUCAGCGGCCUCUUGUAUGCAGUCAUCUCCAAUCAGCGGCUGAUUCUGUCAACAUACCAUGAAACAAAGCAACUCCCAAAUAAUGAUUUCCUAUCUAGUUCAUUGGACUUUCUCAGCCGCUUGCUCAACAAAUGUGCUCCAAUGUGGUUUGGCAUGCAAGACAGUCAAGAUACAGCAGCGGUAUCGGUGGAGAUGGGCUUGCUUGUCAUGGCAGACUCGGACACGCUCCCACGUCGAUCGGCGGCAGGAUUUUUUGCGGCCCUUGCAGAGAGCAGUGGCCCUGAGAACGGGUUUGACAGCGAAGCGAAUGCACGUGUCAAAGGCCUGCUUCAAGACUUUGGGCCGCGGAUUCUCUCACUUGUUCUCCGUCUUCUUGGAGGAGAAUGUGCGCGUUCAGAGAUCGACAGCCUGACCGAAACACUCAAAAGAUUCGAGCAGAAACAAGCCAUGCUGAGCAAAGCGGUGCUCAGAGAAGCAGUCAAGGAGGAGACCGGGGUCAUGAGCGAAAAGGCCCUCAAUGCGACAACGUUGGAACGACGCAAUCGUUUUGUGUCACAGGUGGCAACGUUACGAGGCGCCAGGAAAACCAACGAGAUUGUGAAGGACUUUUGGAUUGACUGUAGGGGAAGCGGAUUUGGGUAUAUCGCUUGA